AUGCAUUCAGUUGAUUUUUCGCUCUUAAUUUUAAUUCUUAUUCCGACGUUGGGUUUGGCCGCGGAAAGCGGGCGCUCGGCUAAGCCAUGGGCGUUCCAGACGAAGCUCGAGGAAGGGCUGAUUACUGGCUAUCAAAAACAGUACGGGAAUGAGACGAUUGUCAUGUUCAAGGUAAGGGUUUUGAGAGCGCUUGGCGUGAUUUCUUGUCUAUUGAAAAUUUCAACGCUUUGCAUGUAGCGAUGGAGCUAUUUGGCUAUGCACAGGGAACCUCUAUAAAAAGCUCCUUGCAUUGUGUGAUUACUUUGGACACAACGCCGUUUCUAUGCCGGGCAAAUUUGCAAUUCGCACAGGUUAAAAACGGGUCCGAAAUUGAGGUCCCUCUGUUUGUCAUUCAAAAAAAGAAUGUUAUUAAAUCGAUAUGGACGUGAAAUUAUAAGGCCUAGGAGUGAAAACCACGUAGAAUUUAACCGUAUGAAAAUAAUUUUGCUGCACUUAAAAAUUUUCGCGUCAGGGCCCAAUGAAAAAAGUUUCCAUUCUUUUGCCGCUCCUUGUACACCAAAAAAAGUGUAAUUUUUUGUGAUAUCAUUACACAAGAUAUUAUAAAAAUUAGUCCGUUCGCAAAGUCGUUGGAGUAAUUUUUGCGACAUAGGCUGCGCGAAAACAAAAGUUCACUUUGUACGAUGUAAUUUCAUGCUUUUUGCACCAUGAAGUAUGAUUUUUCGGGCUGUCGAUCGCACCCUUUUUCUGCACAGUGCAAACGCCAAAGAUCACUCUUUACGAACGUAAUGGCACAAGAAACAACCUCAGAGGCCAUAGGAGUCCUUCAAGGACAAAAUGAAAGCAAAAUGCAAUUUUAUACGACGAAACCUUUCUACAGGAAAUAAAUUUAUUGGCCAAUUGUUAUAUUUAUUAAACUAUUUUUUCGUAUAACCACUUGACUAACCACGUAGAGAAAGCAUUUUAUUUUUGGAUUUUUUUAAAGAUUGCUCGAAACAUGCACUUUCUUGGGAUCGUUCGAUCGCUUCAAUCAAGUGACGGAAAUUUUAAUGAGCCCUUUGUAACUAUAACUUAUAUAUUCCAUGACCUUUGCCGACGAUAAAAGUACGUAAAAUGUAGGGAGCAGCGAAAGAGAAAACGUCUUUUGGUCAUAUUUUUGCAAAUCUUGUCAGGAAAAAGUUCAAUCCUCACAAUUACAGUAUCUACUUCGAGAAUGAAACAGAAUGCCAAGUUUUCACUUAAAAAUCACAAUAAAAUUAUUUUGGUCCGUUUGCAAAGUUGCUGUGUUUACAUGCAUACUAGUACUUGAUUAUUUGUCAUUUUCGACCUAUUUUUUGCAAGCCGUAUGCAGAAAAAGUCCUGAAUAUGCCUUUAAAUACGCAAAUCUUAAUUUGCAUCAAGUUCAAUCAAAGUUCAAAAACGGCUUUAUAUGGCUUUAUAUGGCUCAUUAGGGCCUACAAAGAUGGUCUUGUAUUUCUAUUGACAUCAUAACACAUAUUGCCUACGGUAAUUCGAAACGUGAUUUUCCGAGUUUCCACCCUCUUGGAUAUAUGUUAACGAUCUCAAUUAGGGCCCCUUUCAUUCCAAAUUCAAAAUCCCAAAUUUGAGCAUGUGAUUCGUCAUGCGAAAGGAUAACAAAAACCCUCGGGGAUAGCAUAACUUUCACAAAUUUCUCGAACCACAAGAAACGAUAGUCUCCCGGAGUCUUUGGUCGCCAAGAUUCCGCGUAAUUCCCGCAGACGUCUCGUGUUUAUUUUGCCCAAGUCCGCGCUCCCCCCUAAAUUCGCCCAUUCAACACACCUUAACUACCCCACUAACUAGGCUCGGGAGCAAUUCGCUUUUCGCAUAAACGACGGGUCCCAACGAGGCCGAUACGUAGCCGGCGGCGGCGUCAUCACGGAUUCCUGAAAUUGACGGCGGGAACCCGCUUUAAGGGCAUUUAAUUUUAUUUAGACAUAAAAAUAAAGCAUAAAGUGGGCACCCGAAUUAGCAUGUCAGCUGGUCGCUCGGAUAAAGUUUAAGAAGAGCGAAAUACAGUAGAAGGGCGAGCGUGAAACUUGGACUCGCGGGAAGGGCAGGAUUAAAUAUAGAAGACUAUGUAAAUAAUAUGGGAAAAUACAGGUAAUAAAAGUGGAAAAAUGAACGAGACUCUGACGGAACUACAGUCAAACGUCUGUACAAUGAAUUGCAAGGUUUAACUGAUCAUUAACCACAUCAGUCUGUCGGGAAAAUAAUGAGCCCUCUGUCGCAUCGAAAAUCGCAUCGCCGCCGAAAAAAUGACUUGUGUCACGGUAAAAUCAAGCUGCUUUUCACUUCAGCGACGCAAUCGGCGCAACGACAUGACUCUCAUUAUUUUUCCGACAGACUGAUACAUUUAUUUUUUCCCUCUGGACAAGACAGCAACACAAAAUUUUGAGUGCCAAAAUCAACCUAGCACUGCUCAUUCGUCCCUAACAAGUGUCCCAUUCAAAUUCUAUCGGCGCAGCGACAUAGCGCUCAUUGCUCUCCCUACAGACUGCUAGAAUGGUUUUGUAGUUUCAAUAUGACCUGAAAUUUACGCCUAGGACCCCUCAAAAUUUCUAGAGUCGUUACCGACUCCUUGAUCAGAACUUUAGUACAGUAUCACGCAAAAUAAAAAGAACGCUUCUCAAGGUUUUGAAUCAAUAACCGAGUACGAGUAGUUGCCAUCUUUAAAUCGCCGGAUCUACCGAGAUUUCACAAAUUGGGGCUUUGUUAGUUCAGCUCCCCACGAAAGGUAGUUCAAACUCCCACUGCCUAUUUGUCAUCACUGCCCGUUUCACACCCCCAUAAUGAAAAAAAUAGAAUAAUAAGAAAAAUGCAAAUUAGAGUAAAAUGUAAAUUCUGAAACGAUUCAUUCACGGUAAGUGGGGGUUUGAUCUAAAACGUAGGGGGCUUGUUGCUGGAUCAUACAACUUGGAUAAAUUUUGUGGGUUCAGAAUGGACGAGGGGGGUUGUACUGGGUCAUGGAGGCUGAGCUGGACUGGGGGUUGUUCUACCUUAGCCCCGUAUAAUGCCAAAUAAAUCAAUCGUUUCCAAGACGAGGCACUUGCUUUCGGAUCUAACCAAACCUUACAACUUCAUCCCUUCGAACUUCCUUCAAUCCCAGUUUUCACUUUACAAAAUUCAACCUCAGACGUCGUUGUCACGACGCAGAAUUUUAGGGUGUUCCUUUCGCCGAGCCUCCCACCAAACAAGACAGAUUCGCCCAUCCUCAACCAAAAAAGCCAUGGGAUAACACCUGGGACUGCUCGAAUUACCAACGCAACUGCCCGAAUAUCAGUCCGGUCAGUCUGAUCGACGCUAAUGGAACUGAAGACUGCCUCUACCUCAAUGUGUUCGCCAACAGUCGAUGCUUUGUAAGAGAAACAUUAAAAGUUUUACUUUGGCUUUUAGAACAACUCAUGUCCCGUGAUGUUCUACAUCCAUGGCGGAAGCUUCUUCUUCGGCUAUCCUUUGGAGACUCGAGAAGAAGAAAUUGUUGAAAAAUAUGUGUCAUCGCCGGUCGUUUUUGUCACUCUUUCCUAUCGAGAAAACAUUUUUGGAUUCCUAAAUUUCGAAGAGAAAACGGUCGAUGAUCAGUUGGCCAACGCCGGGUUUCACGGUAAGUCAACUGGCGAGGGAAUAGACCCUAAGUGUGAGGGAUUGAUCUAGGUUAAAAUUGGCAAAAAGUUCCUUAUUCUGGCCACAACAAAGGUACUCGGUGAACUGCGCCCAAGCUUGGGAACUUAAAUUAUGAAAAAAGGUUUCGACCUAGCUGGCACUGAAUUACUAUAGUUGCUCUAUAGUUUUAAGAGUACCAGCAAAGGCUAUGACGACUCGUUUAGUUCUAUACGGAGGCAAUAAGUAAAGUUCCGGACAGGUUUCAUCGCAUAAAGUGUAAAAUUGCAGACUGCAGCAGUUUUUGACCGCAGGCUGCAGCAGUUUUUGAGGAGUAAGGUGGUACGUAUAAAAGAAGUUGCCUUACUAACUAAAUCCACUUUCCUGGAUUUAGUUAUUAGGUAUGACAACGAUGAAUUGAGAUUGCACGCUAAAUUUGGGCUAAUUCUGACCAGUUUCCGCAAAGUUAUAAGUUGUGGCCAGAAUAAGGAAAUUUUAACUAAAAUUGACCCAGUUGUAAGUGUAGCAAUGGGCUAAGGUCAUGUUUAAAAAAUCAAUUUUUAAUCGCUCCUAGCAAGACCUUGCUUCCAGACAUUCUGUUGGCCCUCAAAUUUAUAAAGCGGAACGUCAACAAAAUGGGUGGGGAUCCGUCGCGAAUCACCGUAAUGGGCAACUCUUCUGGCGGAUCGGCCGUGCUCUACUUGAUUUCCUCGCCGGCAGUGGAAGCGGACUUGUUUUCGCAAGCCUGGAUUUCGUCACCGAUGCCUUAUGUGUCGCCAAAACGAAACACUGAGAUGACGAGGGUGGUGAGCAAGGCUGUGGGAUGUAAAAGAAAAGCAACGUGAGUUUUAGGGCGUUAUACGGUAAAAUAAUCAAAAACAUAUUUGUCUUUCAUCAAGCGUAUAUUUCGUAUUCAAACGUAUGGGCCAAUUUCCCCACAGUUUACAAAAUUUGAGCGCUCUGACACACAUCCGGCAGGUUCAUUAAAAUCAACUUCGUUAAUCCGCACGCUUUGCAGUUUUCGGAAGCUAAACCUUUUUUGUAGUGCAUGGGUUUUGUAAAUCCGGCCCGGGAAAUGAGCAUUCAGCUUAGCUCGGGCUACACUUGCUCGAAAACAACGGAAAUAUUAUACUCCCUACACCCCCACCACUCGUUUUGAAGUUGAUAUCAUUGCUGAAGUUGUGGCGCUUACAGAAUCAAAACAACUAUAUUUGAAUCUCGCUUUUACGGAUUAGAAGACGAAAUGUCACCGAUUUUUUCUCAAAAUUCCGUUAGAACAAAAUAGAAAUAAUUUGAAAACGUAUGUGUGUAUUCUGCAAUUUAUCAGUUUGUCGGGAAAAUUAUAAGCAGCGCUAAAAUGAAGAGAAAUUUGAUGUUGCUAUGGCACAGUUGAAGUUCUCGGCGUCGAUCCAAUUUUCGAUUCGAUAGAGUGCUCAUUAUUUUCCCGACACACUAAUAUCUGAUUGUUCUGAAGGCUUGCCGUUCUUUUUACGAAAAGCGGCAGCCAAAAGUUUUGUGACAUUUCGUAUUCUAGGCUGUAAAAGCAAGGUCCAAACGCAGUUUUUUAGUUGUUUUGGUCCCCUUAAAUUUGGAAAUGAUCUUGUCGAUUAAUACCUAUCUAUGUCUAGGCCUAAUGCCACGGCGGAUGCUCUACGACAGCUGAAAUGUCUUCGACAAGUUCCGGAACGACAGCUCACUCAUGCCGCCUUCAACGGGCUAUCCCAAUAUGAGUGGACCCAUACCGGCCCGCAAAGCGAUCACCAUCUCUUGCCGGUGGCGAAUUUCGGGGAGCUGGUAAAGUGGUGGAAGGUGGGUAAAUACCACAAACAGAAAACUUCUCUUGUAAAAUCAUGAGCGAAGCCAGAAACUCGGGCCUUUACCUUGACUCCGAACUAACUUUUUUAAACCACCAUGUUAAAAUUAGUAGAAAUUGCUCCAAAACACUCUAUGCGACCACCGAACCGGACGAUCACACAGCCAAUUUGUUUAGUGGAAUAAAGUCGAAAGUUGAAGUAUCAUGCUACAGGGGUUACAAUGCAAGACGAGGCAUGUAUGAACGCAUAUACAAUCAAUUUACGGUUAUGUCACGUUUCAUUCAAAUCUGAGUGUCGCACUUGGGGCACUUCCUUUGCUAGUGUCGGCAAAGUCAACCAAAAAAUUUCCAAUCCUCUAUUGCGUAACACCCUUACAGUAAAAUUCCUAAGUUUUAUUUCACUCAUAGUCGCUUGACAGAUCAAGCCACGUAAUUCAGCCAAAUCCUUCCUCUUCCUGCGCGUUCAGACAAAUUACAAAAAUCUUUUACGAUUCCCCACCGUAUUCCGGGUCUCAGAAAGUCCCGAAAAGCCGGCAAUUCCACGUACGGCCGCCGUAAUCUUGCUCCUAUGAGUUAAUUUCAUCGCAAAGUGAACUCCAGUUUUUCAGCCAGCACUUUACUGUACCAAUGCGCUUAGCGUCCGCAAAUAAGCGGCUUGUACACAUGUUGGGGCACAUGUUGUCACAAGGAACUCUCGGCGAAAUACGAAUUAGUAUUAAUAGACCUUGAAUUGAGGAUCAAAAAGCAAAAGUGUAAUGUGUGUGGGUUGCAAUUUGAGAGAUUUGGGAACCGGAUUUUGAGCUGUACUAUACGGGAAGUGGGGGGCCGGGUUGUGGGCUAAAAGGGGAUUAUUUCAACCCGCUUCCGUGGAGAACGGACUAAACUGUCUGUAAAAGGCGCUUUCCGAAAUUAUGAUGAUUUCCCAGAAUUGUGACCUACUCAAAUGGAUUGUCUCGAAAAUUCCAAAAAAAAGGAGGACUAUAAGUCUGCAGGGAAAAUAAUGAGGGCAAUGCCGCCGGGCCGAUUGCGUCGUUGAAAUAAAAAGCAAUUUGAUUUUGCCGCGGCACAAUUCAUUUUUCCGGCAGUGAUGCGAUUUUCGAUGCAACAGAGUGAUCAUGAUUCUCCCGACAAACUGAUAAAUAAAAAAACAGUUACACUGAUCACCUCGCAAAGUUUGACUCCGGAUUCGACGGGAUACGAGGGUAGUUUAUCACCAAUUUUGAAGUCAGAUACUAUUACUUGCAGUAAUAGUAUCUAGGUAAAAGUUACGGAUCAUAUUAUCAGUCCGUGGAGCCUUCACCGAACCUCCGCCGAUCAACGACUUUGCCAGGCCUCGUAGGCAUUUCCUACAGCCUCUUUUGGGCAUCCACCUGCCGUACGCGCUGUAUCGAUCGAUUUUGUAUUGACCUCUCGGCAUGAAAAGUCGGGAUGCAGAGAUUUUUAGAUCGGUUGAAUACGGCAAACCCAAAAAAUCCCUCUCAAAAAUCAGCAACUAACAAGUUCCCUUUUCCCCAAUGAAAUCGCAGAUUUUCAGCCGCGUCGCCUCUGGUUUUCAACAACUUCCAAGGAAAUGGAAAUCGAAGUGGAUGAAACCAACUAUCACAUGUGUCAGCACUACUGUCCAAUCCUCGGCUACACCAGCAUAAAGACUUUUGUCGAAUGCGCCAAGAACUUUUUCAACCGCCGCAAGAGCAUAGCGCAGGUGUACCACGCGUUAACCCGCAAGCUGGCCCAGUUAAACGCACAAGGCGGCGCAGAAACGUUCGUUGAGUAUUUUGAUCAGCCCAAUCACACGUAUCACGCCACCAAUUUACUGUUUGUGCUUGGUUGGCACAAGCCGCAGGAGUUGACGGAGAGUGAGGCCGCAUUGGACGAGGUUUACCACAAAUGGAUCGUGAAUUUUGUCAGUGGAAGAGCGCCAAAUGAGGGUGAGUUUCGAAGGGUGGCUUUUGAAGGUGAAAGCGUCGGUGUAGCGAAAAGAUUAAGAAACUUGCAGCCUGCCAAUUGAGAAGUCUCUCAAGUCGGGUGGUCAUAUUUGCCCAACAUUUUGGACACGUAUUUACAGGCGACGUAUCAUAUUAUUCUAAAAGUCUUAGUUUUUUAGGCAAAUGAGAUAUCAGUUUGUCGGGAAAAUAAUGAGGAUUCUGUCGCAUCAAAAAUCGCAAUGCCGACGAGAACAUGAAUUGUGUCGUGGCAAGGUCAAAUUGCUUUUCAUUUCAGCGACGCGGUCGGCGGAUUGUGCUGACUAUUUUUCCGACAGACUGAUAAUCAUAAAAUCCUUUAGAGGUUAUACAAAAUGAAGAGAGUACGGAAAACGGAUUUUAGCCAAUUCCGAGGGAAAUUGCUAGGGGAGCUUUUGAAAUCAGGCCCCAUCCUUGGCAUGUUUUACACUUUUUUCCCUAUGCUAUAUGUACACAUGUAUAUUUACUUUAAUUUUUUCUAGAUUUCACCCCGUACACCAUCGCCAAACCAGCUUAUUACCACAUAAACUAUCAAGUCGAAGGGAACAAGACCACCUCCUUUCCUCACAUGGUCUACAACGAAUCCCUGGAUCCGGAGGGCGAUCAAUUCUGGCUUCACGACCUUCAACUGGUCGAGGAUCCAUUCUUUUUCAACCAAACAUCGUCAUCUCCAACUACAGGAAGUACAGCAACAACAACGUCGAAUCCGUUGUACCCUCUCCGACGCCACAUGAAGAACGCCCGCUUCAAUUUUCACUUCAUGACAAGUGUCCUCAUGUUCAUGACAUGCUUGCUGCUUGUGACGACUUUUGUCCUUUUAUGGAAUCGAUUGCAGAGUGGCUAUCGCAGAACCACGAUUUACUUGAAUCCGCCGGCUCAGCCUACGGAAAGAACGCCGCUGAUCCAGAACGAAGAAGAAAGUGCCGCCUGA